AUGUUUCUGGCCGCCGGUAAAGGAAAACUGCACCGGCCGUUCAAUAAUACCGUUUCGGCGGUUUUCGUAUUCGGUGAUUCGACAGUUGAUGUGGGCAACAACAACAACCUUAUGACCAUUUUGAAGAGCGAUUUCCGGCCUUACGGAAUAGAUUUACCCAACAAAAAGCCGACGGGGAGAUUUAGCAACGGCCGCCUCGUCACUGAUUUUAUAGCUGCGUAUGCUGGGAUCAAAGAGUUUGUGCCGGCGUAUUCGGAUCUGCAGCUCUCGAUCGAGGACCUAAUGACGGGUGUCUCGUUCGCCUCCGGCGCCUCUGGAUUCGACGAGAAAACCCCUAGCUCGUUUGGUGUGAUCACUAUGAAAAAACAAGUAGAAAAUUUGAGAGAGUACACAACCAAGAUUGCAAAGAAGAUAGGAAAAAAGAAAACCAAAACUUUGAUUGAAAAAUCAGUAUCUAUAGUGAGCGCCGGAUCUAAUGACAUAUUUAUUGGAUCUAAGGGGGUGAGGAAUGUGGCGGUGGUGGGGUUGUCGCAAGUCGGAUGCGCGCCAGCCGUCGUCACUCUAAACCCCGGUGAUGGUGGCAUGUUCGAACGCAAGUGCAACGACUCUAUGUCGGCAGGCCCGGUCCUGAGUUUUUAUUGGCCCGGGGCGGAACUAAAAGAGGGGCCCCAUAGCAUGUGGGCUCUUGUUUCUUGCUUGGACCUGGCCCAGUAG